AGCAAAUAUCAGGGUAUGGCGAUUGGCUGUUUGCGAUCACGUGUGCGGAAGCUGCGUGUCCCGAUGGCUGCGGAGAGGGAACGGGGAGAUGCGGGACAAUGUUCUCCUCGGUCCGGGUUCUCAGCGCCGGAACAGCUCCUCUGUACCCGGACCCCCAGCAAUAGAGAAGGCGGAGGGACAGCGGGUCGCUCCUUCAGGAGGACACCACUUGGACCAUCCAGAAAACUAAAUGCAAGCUUCAAAUCACCAGUACAGAUCUCCCUGGACCAUGAGCUUGAUUCUGCUGGUCUUCAACUUCAUGUUGAGAAUCUGAGGAAGAAAUGUAACAAUCUUGACCGUGAGAUUGCAGAGCUGCUCUCGGCAGGGUACACUCUGGAAGAGUUGGACCAGCACAUUGAUCAGCACCAUGAGUACAAUGAUAUCAAGGAUGUGGGCCAGUUACUGUUGGGAAAACUGGUGACUUGGAGGUGUCACGUGAAUUCCUUCACUGUCCGUGUGUAUCUCGUGUCCUGGUCUCGUCCAUCUGAGUGGGCAAAACGGUAUCACAGUCUGAGCAUCGACACUCCUGCUGCUGCAGCUCCUCCUGAAUGGGGGUGUACUGGGAAUGGCAGCCCAGAUUUUGAGCUCCAUGCAAUUUGCUAAGUUUAAGAAACCAUUGAGCUGGAUGAUCCAAUUCUAAUGGGACUCCUGCACAAAAUGACUGCAAAUUUGACAGAGAAUCUCACUUGAAAAGGCCUGAUGUGGGAAAGUUGAAGAAUGUGAUAUCACUGCAAAUGGGAAUUCCAUUGCUUUGUUGAGAAUUAUGAGAAAGAGUUAUGCUCCUAAUCUAAUCAUGAUUCCGUCAAUAAACUUCAUUCCAUUGUCCCCAACUCUAACCUUCUCCCUGGGCACUCCCUGAGACUGGAUUAGACUGUUUGCAACCUUGGCAUCAGAACUGACCCUUUGGAUGAGUUUUCAACAAUGGAUCUACUCUAUUGCCAAGGUUACCCCUUCUAGCUCCAUAACAUUGGAGUUGCUAGCAUUAAUUCAUCUGAUGCUGAAUCCUUAAUUUGUGACUUUGCUGCCUCUAGACCUGAUUAUUCCAAUGUAGUUCCAUUCUCCCCGCCUCCACAAGCUUAAACUCAUCCUGAGCUCUGCUGCCGAAAUCCUAAAUUGUGCCAAGACCCAUUCCUCCAUCAUUCCCUUUUCUCGCUGACCCUCAUUAUAAAAUUCUGUGUUUACAAAUCCUGCGUAUUUACCCCCUCCUUACCUUUAUAACCUCAUAGGGCAGCACGGUGGUCUCAGUGGUUAGACCUGCCGCCUCAGCGCCAGGGACACUGGUUCAAUUCCACCUUCAGGUGACUGUCUGUGUGGAGUUGCACAUUCUCCCCAUGUCUGCGUGGGUUUCCUCCAGGUGCCCUGGUUUCCUCUGUUUCCAUAGUCCAAAGAUGUGCAGGUUAGGAUGGAUCGGCCAUGGAAAAUGCAGGGUUACAGGAAUAGGGUAGGGGUUUGAUCUGGGAUACUCUUCAGAGGGUCAGUGUGGAUUCAAUGGGCCGAAUGGCCUGCUUCCCUUCUACAGGGAUUCUAUGAUUCGAUAACGUCUUUAGCCUGAUAACCCUCCAAGAGCUGUUUUCCAGUGCAAAUGCCAGUUUUAAUUGCUUCACUAUUUGUGGCUGUGCCUCAACCUCUGUUCCUUUACCUGUCUCAUCCCCUUUAAGAUACGGUGUAAAACCUACUCAUUAUUUGUUUAGGUGGUCCAACAUCAAACAUUUUUGAUAAUGCUGGGAUAUUCUAUUAAGUUGAAGGUUCUAUAUAAUUGUAGGAUUAUGUACUUGAACCAGGAUUUUAUAAACUUUGUAAUAAGAAUUGGUUUGACUUCCAUCGUAAGAACGUACAAGGAGAACAUCGAAAGAAAAGUGGCAUGUGCGACUUUUGAAAUGUAAAUAUUGUACAAGCAAUGAGAGUGAGUUAACACAA